AUCUAAGUAUAUAUUAAUAGUUAGAAUUAGCUCAUGACCAGAGCAAUGCAUAAUGCUACCAGAGAAACAUAGCUGUGAUACAUUUUCUGUCGAACUCGUUACAGUUGUGAACAGCAGCGGUACCUCACGUGCUACAGGUCUUUGCUAGCUAGCUGACAGUACAGCACAGAUACAGCUACCUAGUUAAAUGCUAAUAACUAUUGAGCCAGACAGUAAAAAAAUCUUCAUGGAAACGUUAGAGACCAGCACAGAUUUUGAGCUGUUGCUGUUAAAGACCAGUGAAAUAUGGCUGCUCUACAACAUGUAGUGUACACAGCUAAUUACUAUUUAACGACGUUAUAUUUUAGAAGUCUGCUUUUAGUCGUCGACGUCCAUGACAUGUCUGUACACAAACAAGUAAAAUUUGCUCAGUUGAAAAUGUUACUCCUCAUUAAACUGGUAGCCAUAUGCUACUGCUGCUUUGAAACUAACAAACUUAAAUACUAAUAAUAGUAUGUCGUAGGAUUGUAUCACAUAUGCCAUGUAGGCUAUCCAUGCCCCAUCAAAAUAAAGAAAUGGCUAGACUCGAUAGAAAACCCUAGCUAACAAGUAAUCUUAAGGGAACGGUCUCGCGUCCUACAGCGUUCGCAGAAUGUUCCCCCGAAAAUCAUUUGCUGGGGAAUGUGUAAGGGUUGGAGAGGGAACUGAAGCACCACACUUGAGAUGAAGUUUCUGAAAUUUAGUCCCAGAGAUUCUCCGUAGACUAUGGUGGAACUACUGUGUGCUACAACAAAGCAAGACAAGGUCUUUAAUGAGGUCUUGUGGUCUCUUGAGUGGUGAAAUCAACUGUGAUGGCUAAGCUCCAAGGCUUUGACUUCUGGAAUAACACCCUGAAAGCGGCACGCUUUGUGGUGGCACCCAUGGUGGACCAGAGUGAGCUGGCCUGGCGUCUGCUGAGCCGACGACAUGGUGCUCAGCUCUGUUACACCCCCAUGCUGCACGCUCAGGUAUUUGUCCGUGACGCCAACUACAGAAGAGAAAACCUCUACAAUGAGGUUUGUGAAGAGGACAGACCUCUCAUCACACAGUUUUGUGCCAAUGAUCCAGAGGUGUUCCUUGAGGCAGCUCUGCUGGCCCAGGACUACUGCGAUGCCAUCGAUCUCAACCUGGGCUGUCCGCAGAUGAUAGCUAAAAGAGGGCACUAUGGAGUCUUCUUACAAGAUGAAUGGGAGCUGUUAGAAAAAAUGAUCAGGUUAGCCAAUGAAAAGCUCUCGGUGCCCAUCACAUGUAAGAUCCGUGUGUUCAAGGAGAUUGAAAAGACAGUCUGCUAUGCCCAGAUGCUGGAAAAAGCUGGAUGUCAGCUGCUUACAGUGCAUGGCAGAACCAAAGACCAGAAAGGAGCCAUGACUGGUAUUGCUAGCUGGGAGCACAUCAAGGCAGUACGGAAGGCAGUUAAUAUUCCAGUGUUUGCUAAUGGCAACAUUCAGCACCUGAGUGACGUGGAGCGCUGCAUUCAGGAGACAGGGGUUCAGGGAGUUAUGAGUGCAGAGGGGAACCUCCAUAACCCAGCAAUAUUUGAGGGCCGUAGCCCCCCAGUGUGGGAGAUGGCUGAGGAGUAUCUAGAGGUGGUGAAGCAGUAUCCUCCCUGCACUCUGUCCUAUGUACGAGCCCACCUCUUCAAGCUCUGGCACCACACGCUACAGAUCCACCAGGACCUGAGGGAGGAGUUAGCCAAGGCAAAGAACCUCGAAGGUUUGGCUGAUGUCAGCAAAAAGCUGAGGCUGCGCUGCCAGGAGGAAAUAGCCAAAGGAAAGGAUGUGGAAGAGAGAGAGGACAGCCUGCCCUUCCCCCACUGGAUCUGUCAGCCAUACGUCAGACCAGUGCCAAAGGAGCCAGUUGCCAACGGUAACAGCCAGGGUUCAGAGGUGAAGAAAACUGUGUGUCAGAAGAGAGCCCUGGAGGACUCUGAUGGAUCUCCUGACACACUUUCCAAAAACAAGCAGAAGAAGAGAUCCCGCAACCCCAACAAGAACUUCUGCCCCGAGCAGAAACCCAAAUACAUCAAAUGUGAACAGUGUGGGAACCCAAAGGGAAAUAAGUGUGUCUUCAACCUGUGUAGAGGCUGCUGUAAGAAAAAGGCCUACAAGGAGGUGGCAGACUGUCCAAGUCAUGGGCUGAGGUUUAAGACCAAGGCAGAGAAACGGAAAGCUGAUGAGGACAACAGGAAGGAGGGCUCUGCAACAGAGACAGAGAAAAGCAGCAGCUCCCCUCGGCCUCUCCCACAUCUAAAUACAGGCCUGCAGGAGCAGUCACAGGCACAUCUACCACUAUGAGCAGGCCUGUGGCUGCCUGUCCAUGAAAUAACCAUAGUGCUGUUAAUUAGGUUCUGAGCUGUCACAUGUAAAAGUCAGACUAACUGAAUUAUGGCAAUUUCUGUGACCACAGGUUUAGUUCAAAUGUUCAUCAUAGUAAAGAUCAGUACAGCAAGAUUAUUAUUUUGUGUACUGUUCAGGCAGUAGAGAGAUGCAGUUGGAGGGAAAAAACCUGAGGUAAGCAGAUUAGUGUGUGAAUAUAGAAGCAACCAGUGAUUAGUCAGAAUACAGCUGUGACAUAACCUCACUGACCGUUGUUCUCCAGGAGGAGACUGACUGUACUGGACUGACAAUAAUUAGCUCACUAUUUUUUGGUGGGAGAGUUGGGAGUCUUCUUAUGAAAAUGAAUUAGUUCUCAACUAAUUUGUCAUUUUAUAUUUUUAAGACAAAGAUUGUAGAGGUUAUUCUUUCAGUAACUUUCAGACUGAUGGAGAGAGAUACUAUUGCUUUUUUGCUUUUAUUCAUCUAAGGUCAUGAUUGUGGUUACAUUUUCAACUGAUUAGUUAAACUAUUUAUUUGGGGUUUUAGGUUUGCCUGUAGUGCACUGACUGUAUGUGCCUUUUGAUGAGAAAUACCACUGCCUACCUAGAUAUGAACUUCAGCUUAUGAGGGGAAAAAAAGGAAGAGGAAAGUCAAAGUGGUGCUGUAUCUGAUGUUGUCUACGACAUGCUCAGUGACUACACACCUAGCCAAGCUCCAUCAAAAGUGAAAAGUUUACAUGUUGUAUUUGUGCAUUUGACACAGAGAAAUGGGAAAUUACAUUACAUUGAGACACAGACAGUUUGUGGAUGUGUUGGUGACUAAUUUACUGCUUAGCACAAAGACUGUAAACAUGGGAAAACAGCUGAACUCUGUCCAAAUGUAAGUAAACCAUGGUUUUUUACUUUUGGAUUUGAGGAUAGCUGUUGCCCGUUUUUGUGCUAAACUAAGCUUCAUAUUUUCCUUGAAGACAUAAGGGUGAGGGCAGACUUCUUAUUUAAUUCUCUGCAAGAUUUGCUGUGGAAUUAAUUUUUUCUAAUACAUAUCAUUACAAACUAAAAGCUUUCUUAUUCAAGAUCCAUCCACCAAAUAAUAGAUGUUUAUGUCAACUUGUUUACUUGAAUUGAAAAACAGAGAACACAAGACCUACAAAUCAAUCCCCCAUUUCCAAAGACUCCAGCCAGCUGUUUAGCCUGAUUAAUGUAAUGUGACAAACAUAGAAAGGGACCUCUCUCUGGGCUGGGAACCACUGGUUAAAGAUGUGAGGAGAUGUUUUUCUCAUGUUCAGCUUCCUCUUUGCUUGACAUUUUGGCAAUGAUGUUUUGAUAAUGUUUUUAAAGAAUAUUUUAAAUUACACAAAUAAAAAAACUGCUAAACCAA